AUAAGCUUUUUCAUUUAACGCGUUUCGGCUUCAGGCGUUACCGAAUCGCAAAUUUCGUUUAAUUCGCUUAAAUCACGCUUAUCCUCGCAUAACCUAGCCAGAAAGGACCAUGCGACCAAGAAGCCGCACUCCCCCAAGACCCAUACAAUGCUUCGUUUAUGUGAAUUCGGGUCAAAAAACGGUUCUCAUUGUUGCUUACGGUCAUUUUCAAGCAGCACUAUAUUGAAUAGAAUUGUUCACACACAGCCGUUACGAGCCCAACAAGCAAAUACACCAUCCUCAGUUAAAUACCCACUGAUUGAUCAUACAUACGAUGCUAUUGUAGUUGGUGCCGGAGGUGCUGGUCUUCGUGCUGCCUUUGGUCUUGCAGAGGCAGGUUUCAAUACUGCCUGUAUCACAAAGUUAUUCCCGACACGCUCACAUACUGUCGCUGCCCAAGGUGGUAUAAACGCAGCAUUAGGGAACAUGGGAAAGGACGACUGGCGCUGGCACUUUUACGACACCGUGAAAGGUUCCGACUGGCUUGGCGAUCAGGAUGCAAUUCAUUACAUGACUAAAGAAGCGCCCAAAACUGUUUUGGAAUUAGAACAUUUUGGCGUGCCAUUCUCUCGUACCAAAGAUGGCAAAAUAUACCAAAGAGCAUUUGGUGGACAGUCUCUUGAAUAUGGAAAGGGUGGACAAGCUUACCGUUGUGCAGCUGUCGCCGAUCGUACUGGCCAUUCCAUCCUUCAUACAUUGUAUGGACAGUCUUUGCGUCACAACACGAAUUUUUUCAUUGAAUAUUUUGCUAUGGAUCUUCUAAUGGAGAAUGGCACUUGUAGAGGUGUAAUUGCUAUGAAUCUAGAAGACGGUACUAUUCAUCGCUUUCGUGCACAUAAAACUGUUUUAGCUACUGGCGGCUAUGGGCGUGCUUAUUUCUCAUGUACUUCAGCACAUACUUGUACCGGCGACGGCAAUGCCAUGGUUUCUCGAGCAGGUUUGCCGCUACAAGAUCUGGAAUUUGUGCAGUUUCAUCCUACAGGUAUCUAUGGUGCCGGGUGUUUGAUUACUGAGGGAUGUCGAGGUGAGGGCGGUUAUUUGUUGAACUCAAAUGGCGAACGUUUCAUGGAGCGUUAUGCACCGACUGCCAAAGAUCUUGCUUCCAGAGAUGUCGUUUCACGUUCUAUGACGAUUGAGAUCCGCGAGGGUAGAGGGGUUGGUCCUGAGAAGGAUCAUUUAUAUCUUCAACUUUCUCAUUUGCCUCAUGAAGUUAUCCGAGAACGGCUUCCCGGUAUAGUCGAGACAGCCGCUAUAUUUGCCGGAGUUGAUGUUACCAAGGAACCGAUUCCUGUUCUUCCAACUGUUCACUAUAAUAUGGGAGGCAUUCCUACUCGUUUCACUGGUGAAGUGCUCACUGUAGAUGAUAAUGGACAUGACAAAGUUGUUCCGGGACUGUACGCUGCUGGUGAAGCUGCCUGUGUUUCAGUGCAUGGUGGUAAUCGUCUGGGUGCAAACUCGCUGUUGGACAUUGUCGUCUUUGGUCGGGCUUGUGCAUUACAUAUAAAAGAAACACUGGAGCCUAAUACUCCGCACAAACCGCUGCAACCGGAUGCUGGUCUUAAAUCUUUGGAAAUUCUUGAUAAAAUACGUACUUCGACAGGACCGAAACACACAAGUGUCAUUCGCCUGGACAUGCAAAAGAGUAUGCAAAGAGAUGUUUCUGUCUUUCGCACGGAAGACACGUUACAAGCGGGUGUCAAAAAUAUCCAGAACGUGGAUAAUUCUUUAAACGAUCUUGGUAUUCGCGAUCGUAGCUUAAUAUGGAACACCGACUUGAUCGAAACACUUGAGCUUCGAAACUUACUGACCUGUGCUGUUCAAACCGCCACUGCAGCUUUGAACAGAAGGGAAUCUCGUGGUGCUCAUGCUCGUGAGGAUUAUCCUGAGCGUGAUGAUGAGCAUUGGAUGAAACAUACUCUAACUUGGCAAAAGGAGUCUGGUGCUCCAGUAACUAUAAAGUAUCGUAAUGUUACGAGUAAAACACUCGAUGAAAAUGAGGUAAAGCCCGUGCCUCCUGGAAAGCGCGUGUAUUGAGAAUUGAUGAUGAUCCUGCCAUUUUCAAUGCGUUUAAUAUCCAACUCUAAAGAGUUUUUCUUCUGCCAAAUUUCAUUCUUGUCAUCAACCAUUUUUAACUUGAUGGGAAAGUUUAAGGAUCAAUUAUUGACCAGUUAAUUUGUCAUUAAUUACAUUGGUACAAGUCUUCUUUGCUUAUUGUCUCAUUGAUACGCAACGGUACUACUUAAUCUCUCCUUUCAUGAUGGUGUUAAUUUUACGUCCCUUGUUAUGAUCUGUAUUACUAUGUUAUAAUGAUAAUCUAUUAAUGAAUCAUGUGCUCA